AAUGGAAGGUGUUGUUGGGCUCCAUAAUCCUCCUUAGGAUUAUCAAAAAUGAGCCCAAAACCUCGAUAUUUCCGACAAAAUACAUUAAAAUAUAACAAAAUCAAUAGGCUAAGAUUUCUUACUAACAUUUGGUGCAAAUUUGGGACUCUGCGAAGGUGCAGUAUUGAAAAAAGUUGAAUGUGUAUAACCACUUGUUGUGUGACAGUCAAGUCGUCUCAUUGGCUGUGACAGCUUGCUGGUGGAGAGACCGUCUGAAAAAUUCGGGAGAUUUUCCCAGACAAAAUGGACUUUCAUGCCGCUAUGGAAACAUUUGCAGAGGCAUGGGUUGCGGCAAAUACACAGACACCUGUCAAUGCAGAAAGUACUAGCCCAAAACCUGGCAACUCUCAAGACUCAUUGGUGACAAAAGAUUCUAUUCCCUUGACUCCACAGAAAGAGGAAAAACUAGUGAAAAUGGGAAUGAUGAAACCUGGCAAUUCCUCUGCAGCACCAGCCUCAGCAACAUCAGGCAAAGCUAUUCCGGUUCAUUGCAUCAUAGAGAGAGAACCGCAGGGUGGAGAUACCCGAUCACCCUCCGUAGAGGUGGACAGUUAUGCCAUAAUACCAGCCCAGACACUCUUUAGAGAAGUCGUUCAUACAGCUCUAGUUAAACUUGGUUAUACAUCAACUGAAGCAAUCUCAGCUAAAGGUGCAAUAGUAGUGAAGAAUUGGAAACCUCUUACGCUUGACAUGAUAACAGAUCGUCCAGAUGCGAAUGUCGAAGAAAUGUUUGCAGACCUCACCAAUGUUAUAUCUCUUCGCAUACGUCUUAGUAGUCGGACCAAGUUGAAUUCAUCCUCAAAUGAGAUGAAGGAUAAGUUGUUGCAGUUACUGCUAUCACAAGCCCAUUCCAGCCUCGGCAGCUCAGGGUGCCCCAUAGAAAAGGAGCUACUACAGAUGCUCUCUAAAGGUGGUAGCAUACAGGACCUCCCAGAAGAUGCAAGAAAUGCAUUUGACAUCUGGUACAAAUCACAAUUGGAGAAAUCAAACGGCACUAAGUCAACUAUCCAGACAUUGCUCAAUCAGCCCCCACAGUCCACCCACUCCCCCGUGGCACCCUCUCUGCCUCUAGGCCUCAUUACCAGCCCUAGGACCAACCCUAUCACAUCAACUCCCACAGCAUCUACCCCUAUGGAGUCAUUGAUGCACAGCAACCAUUCUCCAGGCACAUUGUCUAUGUUGUACAAACAGCGCAUUCGCACAUCUUUCGAUCCUGAUCUCGAAAUUCCACGACUUCAACAAUGGUUUAAAGUCAAUCAGCAUCCCUCACGCACAGAGAUGGUGGCCUACCUGAAUGAGCUCAAUUCGCUGGACUCACGACGUGAGCGCAAACCUCUAGAUUUGACCAACAUCAUAUAUUGGUUUAAGAAUGCACGUGCUGCUCAUAGACGUGCAAACAAGGAAGGUGGUGAUGAUGAACUUAUCGAUGACAGUCUAGAACAUGAAGAGGGCCAUCCAGAGGAGGAGGCUAGUGCUGGAGUUAAGAGCGAGGGAAUGAGAGUACCAGUUGGUACACCAGUGGGUAUCCCAGAGCUACCUAAUCGUAAUGCUGUGUACUUAGUAAACCCCUUGGGUGAAGAGCAGAGAUGGUCUGCCCAGCAGGCAGAAGGAAGAAAAAGUGCAGAUCUUGCCGCUCGAGGUAGUGAUGAAGAUGAUGUGCCGCAGAACCUAAGCCUGAGGAAAUCCCCAAGUCAUAUCCAAGAAGAGGCUGAAGACCUGAGAAUGACUCCACAAUCUGAUAAACACACUGACCCCAACAGCUCACCUAGUAGUACAGAUAGCGACAAUAGGUGCAAUGGAGUAAGAGAUGUCAAUGCUGAGGUUCGUGCUACAGGAGAUGAAACUAUGGAAUUUGAUGAUAAGCUCAAAACUCCACCUGGUGACUGUAAUGAAAACCACACAAAGAUAUCUGGAUCUCCAUCAGUGAAAUCAGAGCCUGAUGUUAGAUCAGAACAAGAUGAAGAUGGUUAUGAUAGUUCAGAGUCAGCUUCGUCCACACCUAGACCUGCCCACAUGCCAGCCUACCCCCACUUGCAACAUCCCUUGAACAUGGCCUUCAUGUCGCAGUACACAGCCAGUAUGAAGGCCAUGUCCCCUCAUAUGUCACCUCAUAUGUCCCCACAUCACCUUGGGCUCCCUAUGCCACAUGGCUUCGCUCAACACUAUCCAAGUAAAAUAGAUGGCAGUAUUACAGCAAUCCCAACACGCAGCUACUCCUCCAGCGCAGCCGAGAGAGAAAGAAAGAAGCGUACUCGUGUAUUCAUCGAUCCACUCUCAGAAAUCCCAAAGUUAGAGCGUUGGUUUUUGGACGAUACUCACCCCUCAUCAUUUAUGAUAGAGAAAUAUUGUGAAGAACUGAACAGAUCAGAAUAUCGCCAACGAUUUCCUAAAUUGGAAUCAAAAAAUAUCCAGCUGUGGUUCAAGAACCAUCGUGCAAAGGUUAAGAGGCUUAGAUUAGGACAUGACAUUAGUGAGUUUAAUAGGCACCAGGUCCAUGUGGAGGAUGAGCCCAAGAUGCCGUCUUCAGCAUAUGCCACUUCUCCAUUAUCAUUAGGGAACUCUUACUCUGAAGAAAAUGGAGAUGUUAAGCUUAAACAAGUGAGAGAUUGGCCUCCGAGAGAUCUCCCCAUACAGGCUGGUGCUACACAUUGACAUAGUUACACCUGAAUACUAGUCUUUGUGUGUAAUCUGCUAUGAUGGUAACUGAAUCGUCUAGACACUGGUCACGCCAGUUGUCACAAUCUAGAGCCACAAUCCUAUUGUUUGCCUAGACACUGGACACACUCCACUGUGUGCAAUAUGGCUGCCCAUAUUGGGAGCCAAUCAAAAGUGUACAUAUAUUCACUGCUGACUCAGAAUGCUCACUUGUUAACAUAAAUCCACUCAGCCAUGAAACGUAGAUUCAAUAUCCGUGAAAUUAUCCAUGCCUAGUUGAGAUUCACUUCCUGGAAAGUAGUCCAUAAUAAUGUUUUAGGUAUGAAAAUUAAUCUAAUGCUUGGUUUUCUGUGUAAGCUCAUUAUUAACUGUUAAUGCAAUCAUAGCGCGGAAAAUCUCUCUCACAUGAAAAUAAAAACUAUUAUUUAAUAUCUACUAUUUCAAUGAUGCAACAGGAUUCAGUAUACAAAGCGACAAUCUACUUCAGUUUAAAAUUGAAUGGAUAAUUUGAGUAAACUGUGAGUGCAGUUUAAAAUCAAAAUAUUGCUCAAAUAUCAAAUAAUGUGUGCAUUGCACAAUGAGGUGUAAUAUAGAAGAUAGUUUGGUGCUGUAUUGGUGUAUGAAGGAAGAUAGCAUAAGAAUAAUAUUUGAAUAUUGUCUUGUUACUCACAUUGGAGAUUUAUAAUGUAUUUUGAAAUUAAGAUAAGCUAUUUAAUAUAAUUGUUCUGCCAUUCAUUAAUAAAUCACUAUUGAGGUUUUCAAAUUUUUAUUGAUAGUUUUCCUGUGUAGAAAGCAUUUAUAUUUUAAGAUGUUUGAAAUAUUCAAUCAUCUUGCUUGAGCAUUUGAUUAUUAUAUAGAUGUAUUAAACAUUCCAGUGUAUAAUUUCUAAUUUGCUUUUGCAUUUAGUCUUCAAAGCGCUAUAUUUAAUCAUUCCUGUACCUUGCUUAUCUUGUGUUAUAUCUAUAUGGAAUAUACCUUCCACAUACAGAAUUUGUGAGCGUGCUUAAUGUUUUAUCUUUUAUAUUGUCAAGUGUACCACGAGUUGCUAUUAUCUGUAUAUAUUUUGUUUGCCAUAAAAGGGUGUAUGUAUAUAUAUAGUAAGCCACCUAUGGGGUAAAAGCCACGGUACUCGCUGUACAUUGUAAUUAUCAUAGACUUAUUGAAAUGUACAUGAAAUUUAAAUAUUUUUGCUACCAGAAUAUUUAGAAUAGAAUAGUUUAGUUUGUGUUAACACAGGGUUCCUGAGAAACAGCAGAAUAAUGAAAUGUACACGCUAAAACUUGAUCUCAAAAUAUUUGCCAAGUUGGGGUAUGAAGUUUUAAAGAUGUAAUCUUAUUUAUUUAUUUUGAAACCCCUAUGUAUUUUGAGGCACCCUUAUCAAGUAUAGAUUUAAUGAACAGUAGUUUCAUGUAGUAUGUUAACAGUGUUACAUGUACAAAUGUAAAUUGAGGUAGUUUUAGUUUAAAGGUGAAGGGGCCAUUGCAAUUUAAACUUUAAACAAUAAAAAGUGCAAGUAAAACUAAUGUGCAAAAUGAAAUGCAAGUAAAACUGAUGUGCAAAUUCAUCUAAAUUCAUCGUCUUUAAUUGUAGUCACCGAUGAUAUUAAAAUUCAAAAUAACGGUUCACCGUUUUAUGGUGUUUUGUGAAAUGUGAAUGUAUUUUGUCUGUUCACAAAUAAAGUAUGGCACUAAGAAACUUAA